GGAGCGCAGGAGCCGACGGGCCCGGCCGCGAUGGUGCAGCGGCGGCUCCGCGGCGCGCACACGCUCUGAGUGGGCCCGGGCUGGGCCCCGCGCCCCCCGCGCCCCCCGCCGCCCCGGUCCCGGCCCCGGCCGGCAUGAUGUGCCUGGAGUGCGCCUCGGCGGCGGCGGGCGGCGCGGAGGAGGAGGAGGCGGACGCGGAGCGGCGGCGCCGGCGCCGGGGGGCGCAGCGAGGGGCUGGAGGCGGCGGCUGCUGCGGGGCGCGGGGAGUGGGCGCCGCGGGAGCCGCGGCCGCGGACGACGAGGUGCAGACGCUGUCAGGCAGCGUGAGGCGGGCGCCGUCCGGACCCCCCGGCACCCCCGGCACCCCCGGCUGCGCGGCCGCUGCCAAGGGCCCCGGAGCUCAGCAGCCCAAGCCGGCCAGCUUGGGCCGCGGACGGGGGGCCGCUGCCGCCAUCCUCAGCUUGGGCAACGUGCUCAACUACCUGGACAGGUACACCGUAGCAGGUGGUUGUGCAGACCUGGGUCACGGAGGCCUCCGGUGCCAGAAGAAGUCUGGGCUCCAUUUGGCCGGCAGCGGGGAUCCACGAAGCACGACUGCAGCCCUACUCGGUGAACUAAUCCAGGUAGCACCGUGCGAACGGUGUCGGGCAAGCGGCGUCCUUCUGGACAUCCAGCAGCAGUUUGGGGUCAAGGACCGAGGCGCCGGCUUGCUGCAGUCAGUGUUCAUCUGCAGUUUCAUGGUGGCCGCCCCCAUCUUCGGCUAUCUGGGUGACCGCUUCAACAGGAAAGUGAUCCUCAGCUGCGGCGUCUUCUUCUGGUCGGCGGUCACCUUCUCCAGCUCCUUCAUCCCCCGGCAGCACUUCUGGCUGCUGGUCCUGUCGCGGGGGCUGGUGGGCAUCGGCGAGGCCAGCUACUCCACCAUCGCACCCACCAUCAUCGGCGACCUCUUCACCAAGAACACGCGCACGCUCAUGCUGUCCGUCUUCUACUUUGCCAUCCCGCUGGGCAGCGGCCUGGGCUACAUCACGGGCUCCAGCGUGAAGCAGGCGGCUGGAGACUGGCGCUGGGCCUUGCGGGUGUCCCCCAUCGUGGGCAUGAUCACAGGAACACUCAUCCUGAUCCUGGUCCCGGCCACCAAGAGAGGCCACGCUGACCAGCUCGGGGGGCAGCUCAAGGUGCGGACCUCGUGGCUCCGAGACAUGAAGGCCCUGAUCCGCAACCGCAGCUACGUCUUCUCCUCCCUGGCCACGUCGGCCGUGUCCUUCGCCACAGGGGCCCUGGGCAUGUGGAUCCCGCUGUACUUGCACCGAGCUCAGGUCGUGCAGAAGACGGCAGACACGUGCAGCAGCCCGCCGUGCGGGGCCAAGGACAGCCUCAUCUUCGGGGCCAUCACCUGCUUCACUGGCUUCCUGGGUGUCGUCACGGGGGCGGGAGCCACGCGAUGGUGCCGCCUGCGGACCCAGCGGGCCGACCCCCUGGUGUGUGCCGUGGGCAUGCUGGGCUCCGCCAUCUUCGUCUGCCUCAUCUUCGUGGCUGCCAAGAGCAGCAUCGUGGGUGCCUACGUCUGCAUCUUUGUUGGGGAGACACUGCUGUUCUCUAACUGGGCCAUCACCGCGGACAUCCUCAUGUACGUGGUCAUCCCCACGAGACGGGCCACGGCUGUGGCCCUGCAGAGCUUCACGUCGCACCUGCUGGGGGACGCCGGGAGCCCCUACCUCAUCGGCUUUAUCUCCGACCUGAUCCGCCAGAGCACCAAGGACUCCCCACUCUGGGAGUUCCUGAGCCUGGGCUACGCCCUCAUGCUCUGCCCCUUCGUGGUGGUCCUGGGCGGCAUGUUCUUCCUGGCCACGGCCCUCUUCUUCCUGGGCGACCGCGCCAAGGCCGAGCAGCAGGCUCUCCCACCUUCCCCUGGGGCUGACGAGGUCCCUGCCCGGCACGUCCGGCCAGCCGGCCCCCGAGAUGCGAUGCGCCAGAGCAGUGCCCGGGCCCGGCCGCAGCUGAUCCGCCACCUUGACCCCCGCCCGUCUCUCCCCCAGGGCGAACCAGCUGGUGAUGCCACCCGCACCCGUCAAAGUCUGAGGCCGUGCCCCCAGGAUGGCGAAGAGACCGUGCCGUCGCCCUACCUGGGAGGCGUCCCAGGGCAUCCCGGCCCUGCCGGGCAGACGCGAAGCUUUCUAUGUGACCCGAGGCUGGGCACCCACCCUCUCUGGUGCGGGCCUGCCGAGUGGCCGUGGCACCAAGAGGCCGCGUCCUCAACUGACGUGGAAGGCUGCGUGUGGGGGAGCCGCACGGACGGACAGACUCCCAGCCGCUGGGGCCCAGGGAGGACGCAGCCCCCAGCGCGUGUGUGGGGAGAGCCUGGGGCGUCACCACCUUACAUGGUCCUGGGCGGCUGGACUUUCCCACGUGGCAGCUUUGGAGACCCUGGACUGCACGGAGAAGGGGCGGCCCAGGCCUCGGGGCGGAUCUUCAGGCUCUGACCUCGGGGGUGCUGCUGGACACUGGUCCCUGCUGCCGGGGCUGGCGCUCGGCCUGGCGGUCUCCUAGGUGAGGGCCACCCAGGCGGGGACCCGACCGCACACCCUGUGCCCACGGUGCCCAGGGCACCUCCACUCCCACCGCCCCUCCCCCCCACCCCCCGCCCCGCCACGUGCACUUGCACACCCCUGCCCCCGCUCCACACACGCUCCCCGCACACUGGCUGAAAUCAAGGUGGCGGGUAGGAGACCCCAAGAGCCAGCCUAGGCGACGCUUUGCCCCGUAGUUCCCGCCGGCGUGGCUUCAGUGUGUGCAAGCUAGCAGGCACCUGCUCCUCACCCAGCUCUGGGGUACCUGCGAGGGGGUGGGACCCCCAAAGACCAGCCUGGCCGCCUCCCACCCCAGCCUCAACCGGGGCCCCAGCGAUGUUUUCUUGUUGUACAAGAACCAGGUCCAAGUUCGCCUCCUCUUCCUUCCGGAAGCCAAACUCCUCCUUUAUUUUUUAGAGCUGCUGAUUGUGAAUCUCAGAGUCUUAAGAGAAAAACCAAAUAUAUUCCUCUUGUAAAUGAAGGAAUAAACCUAUUUAAAUCAUG